UUGUGUCGAAAAAGCAUUUUUUGGUUUUUGUUUGUUACAUUUUUCCAGUGUCUGCCCUUUAUAUCUGCUAAUUCACGAUUAAACUGGAUUUAAAAUGGCUCUUUAUUGUGCCAUAUCUAACGAGGUUCCUGAAGUGCCAGUGGUGUCCCCAUCAUCAGGGGCCGUAUUUGAAAAGCGUAUUAUUGAAAAGUACAUAAUUGAAAAUGGGGUUGACCCUAUCAGUGGCAAAGAACUUAGGAUCGAAGACCUUAUUGAGAUCAAAACGCCUCCUAUAGUGAAGCCCAAGCCGCCCAGUGCCACAUCCAUCCCAGCCACGCUGAAGAGCAUGCAAGACGAGUGGGACGCGCUCAUGCUGCACACAUUCACUCAGCGGCAGCAGCUGCAAACAGCAAGACAGGAGCUGAGCCACGCGUUGUACCAGCACGACGCCGCGUGCCGCGUGAUCGCUCGCCUGACCAAGGAGGUGACGGCGGCGCGCGAGGCGCUGGCCACGCUCAAGCCUCAAGCCGGCAUCGCGGCACCCCAGCCCGCGCACCCGGCGGAGGCGGCGGCGGGCGGCGGCGCGGUGGCGGUGGGCAUGUCGUCGGACGUGGUGCGGCGGCUGCAGGAGCGCGCCACGGAGCUGACGCAGGAGCGCAAGCGGCGCGGCCGCACCGUGCCCGAGGCGCUCGUCAGCCCCGACCAGCUGCGAGCCUUCCUUACGCUCGCAUCGCACCCGGGUCUCCACUCAGCCAGCGUGCCGGGAAUCUUGGCUCUCGACAUCAACCCGUCAGACCACAGCAAGCUGCUGACGGGCGGCAACGACCGCAACGCGACGGUGUUCAACAAGGACACGGAGCAGGUGGUGGCCAUCCUCAAGGGCCACACCAAGAAGGUCACGCGCGUCAUAUACCACCCCGACGAGGACACCGUCAUCACGGCCUCGCCCGAUCACACGAUCAGAGUAUGGAAUGUGCCAAUGUCGCAAGCCAGCGCGGUGCUGCGCUCGCACGACGGGCCGGUGACGGGGCUGUCGCUGCACCCGACGGGCGACUACGUGCUGUCCACCUCCACCGACCAGCACUGGGCCUUCUCCGACAUCCGCACCGGCGCGCUACUCACCAAGGUUAGCGACGCGUCAGGUGUCAGCCUCACCACAGCACAGUUCCAUCCUGACGGGCUUAUUUUUGGUACUGGAACAGAGAACUCACAGGUCAAGAUCUGGGAUCUGAAGGAGCAGAGCAACGUGGCCAACUUCCCUGGUCACGUGGGGCCGGUGACGUCGAUCUCGUUCUCUGAGAACGGUUAUUACCUGGCCACGGCCGCCGAGGACUCCUGCGUCAAGCUGUGGGAUCUGCGUAAAUUGAAGAACUUCAAGACGAUCCAGCUGGAAGAGGGGUACGCGAUCAAGGAGUUGUGCUUCGACCAGAGCGGCACGUACCUAGCCGUGGCGGGAUCAGACGUGCGCGUGUUCCUGUGCCGCCAGUGGCAGGAGCUCAAGGUGUUCAACGACCACACCGCCGCCGCCACCGGCGUGCGCUUCGGCAAGCACGCGCACUACCUCGCCUCCACCAGCAUGGACCGCACGCUCAAGCUCUACGGCAUAGAGUAGGGACAGCUGACACAUCCGAGUGAGUUGUGCGUUGUUGACGACGGCAGCCGAGCGCAAGAAGCCUUUUGUACAGACCAUUUUUUAUCUUCUGAGCGCCAGUUUGGUCUUUUUGUACCGAUGGAGGCCGUUUUGUAUCUUCUUUUGUUUACGGCCA